UAACACAUUCCUUGCCCAAAUUUCCGGUGGUCGAAUGAUAGGGAAAAAGGUAUCUAUAUUACUGGUAUCUAAACACACCCUUAAACCUUCUUGUUCACAGUUUUUUUCUUCUUCUUCUUCCUUUUGGUUCAUUCACAUUAGCAUGAGAACGGGCAGUACUAAUGGCUAACUGGCACUACCAGGAUGAAAUAUUUCAAGUACCAAAGUACCAUAAUACUUUAGUGAAAUGUUUGUUCCUGGGGAUGAUCAUGGAGAUUCGGGGAUAUCUCACCUAUGUAUUCUUCAGGUUUUUUUUAAAAAAAAUUGUUGACUUUGAGAGUAUUGUAUCACGACGGAAAUGCCCUUUUGAUGCUUGUGUAUGUAGUUGACCAUAAUCAUAUUCUUAAGCCUUUGGAAGCAAUUUUUCCGUAAUCAUGUGCAACUGAGGUCGGUUUUCCGUUGCUUUGUUGUCAAGGCAGAAGUACAGUUCAAUUGUUGUAGCAGUUGUUGCUGUCCUUGAGAGAAGAUGCUCGAUUAUUGCUCCAUUUAUGUGUUCGUAAGGCUAUGCGAACUGAGGUGAGUAAUUUCUAGGGUUUCAAUCGCCAAUAUCAGGUGUGUUUCUUGUUCUCUAUUUCUUCCAAUAGCUGAUCGAUUAACCUUUACCUUUGUUCCCUACUGAAUGUCCGAGCUUUCGUCCAAUUCCUACCUUAUUCAGGUUCGAUUAGUUCUUUCCAAUCUAUUUGUGAUGAUUAUUUUUGAGGUAUUUUUUGGAAUUUUUGUAAUACGGUGCGUUGUUUGUAUCGUGUACUGAAAAUGGGGAUCUGAUUUUUCGAUGUUAUUUUUCCAUUUCAGACCUAAAUUUGUUCUUUGUUGAUUUUGCUACGAGGCUGCUUCGUAAUUUUGAUGUAUUUUUUCCUUGGCAAUGUCGAAAGAUCCUGCUUUCUUUCAAGAAACUGAUAUUUCAUGUUUCAUGGAUUGAUAAUUUUCGUAAUUUGGUUGGAGUUGUGUAAGUGCCAUACGCAGAAUUUGUAUUAUGUGAAUCUGUUUAGGCUCACGCAGGUCUGUCAGUCCACCCUCUAUCUUGUCUUCCUUUAUGCCAAUAAUUAUAGGGUUUUGCAUGCUUUUAAACGAGUUUUAGUUGCCUAACCGAACUCUCCAUUUACUGUGCUACUUACCGAUCUUCCCUUUUUCUUUCAUUGUGGAAUUCCAUAGUACAAAAUUGAGAAUAUAUUCUGAAUCUGCAAACUGCUUCAAAUCUUAUUCGCUUCUCAUCCGAGGGGGACUUUUUGAUGUAUGGGAUAAUGUUACGAGUUUAACGAUGUCUGUCCAUCGUAUAAGAUUAUAACUCUAUUUCAUUCUCGAAUCAUUACAAAAUGACUUAUCAACGCGAACUUUUAAUUGGAAGCCAAACAAUGCAUUGCUUGUGGUCUCUAGCCUAAUGGAUACCCAUAGACAAACCUCCAAACAUUAUAUAGGUAUAUCUCGCAUGCUUUCCUACAGUAUUAGACUUGAUAGACAAUAAUAAUAGAUAGAGUUCUGAGCAAUUUCCAUUUUGCUUCCAAUCUUAGUAUGUUUAACCUUGCAUUUGACCAAUGUUUUCCUUUAUAUGGACAACCUGUAUCAGGUACUUGUAGUGGGCUCAUGUAUUUCUGUUGUAAUAUACUCCGUCCAUCCCGUAAUGUUUGGGUUUUUUUGGGAUUCCAACCAUUUAAGAAAUAUCAUGAUUACAAAUUAAAAGUACUUCAAUUUCCUAAAAUACCCCUUAUUUGUCAUCUCAUACAAAGCCAAAAGAUUCCAAGUUUUUGACUCAAAAUUCACAAGCACAAGCUUUCUCACUGUUCUGGAACUUUUCAGCCAUACAACUCUACAAUUUGAUUGUGAUUUGAGGGGAAGGGCAAAAUAGAAAAUUAAUCCAAUGAUACCCAUUGAAAAGUCUAAAUGGAUAAAUUUUUUGGGACAACAAAAGAUGGCAUCAUGGGACAAGAAAACGGGACGGAGGGAGUAGGUGCUAUCACGUCGUUGCUAUUGACAUUGAUCCUCAACAAGUGGAAAUGGCAUUAAGUAACGCAAAAGUCUACGGUUUCAUUGUUGGAGACUUUAUCGAACUUGCUCCUUCUCUAAAGACUCAUAUUAUUUCUCCAAAUAAACUGAGGACGAAGUUAAUGGGGCAUCAAAGUCGUAAAAAGAAAGAGGGAUCAAACUCUUCAAGAACAUUUCCUUCCUAGCUUGAGGAUUCUGAGUUUGCCAAGAACAGUUUGUUAGCCACCAAGAGUGGAUACUUUGAUGAGGAAGACUGGUAUUAUUUCUCCAAAUAAAUCGAAGACGCAGCUAAUGGGGCAUCAAAGUCGGAAAAAGAAAGAGGGAUCAAACUCUUCAAGAACAUUUCCUUCCAAGCUUGAGGAUUCUGAGAUUGCCAAGAACAGUUUGUUAGCCACCAAGAGUGGAGACUUUGAUGAGGAAGUUUCCAGUUCAGAAGUUUCAUCAGUUAAAUUAUCAAGCCAUGCGAUGCCAGAAGCUGGACAAGCUGAUCUGAGUACUUUCCAGCCAAAAGAAAAUACUAAACUGCAUCAAUUUUCAAAGAGCGAUAGCAGUAAUUCAAGUGCAGUUCACCCUGUGAGGUCACUAGGCGAGGGCAAUCUUGAUUACGAUAGCAUUGCCAGGUCAUGUAGCUUCAAGUUUCAGUAAGGAGAAAGGUCAAUGCAAAAUCCCUUGACCAGAUCACUGUCACGAAAUAUGCCAUCCAAGUGGAAUGGAGCGGAGAAAUGGAUUAUGAAGAAGCAAAAUGUGCAAAAUAGUUAUUCCAAGAUAUCACAUAUGCAAAGCCAAGUGAACAAGUUAUCGGUGACAAAUAUGGUUAGGGUUGCACCGGAGUCUGGGGGUUAUGAUCAGAAGUUGGCGGUUAAGAGGGUUGAUUUCUGUCAACCGACAUCUCAAUUUGGCAUGGAGAAGUUCUCUUGUGUACCCUCUACCAGUCACCCUAUUCACGGUCAAGCCAGAGGGGCAACCGUGGAGGUUGAUCUCUGUCCCGAAAGCGAGGAUUUGAAGAAAGUAUACAAUGGGGCUUCAUCUUGUACUAAAGAGUAGUCCAACUGAAGAUGCCACAGGUAGUGUUCUAAAACUCGCUACUCGGUACUCGCUCGGCCAGACACCUUGGAGUGAGUACUUGGCGUUAGUCGGUGAGUAAUGCCCAUCGAGUAGGGAUUAAUCCCCUUGGCCAGGCACCUUGGAGCGAGUACUUGGUGAGUACUCAGCGAGGAAUACCUUGUUUUAGAACACUGGCCACAGAUGAAUCAUCUCAUUUUUCCUCCUAUCCCUAUCAACUUAUUAGUUUAACAAGGUGAUCGUAUUGAUGAAUAGAUAUUUAUCCAUUUGAUUUCCAUAUGACUAUUAGUUCAGAGUCUUCUUCUCAUGGUUUUGUUAUUAAAAAUUUCAGGUUUUAGACAACCCAAAUGGCUGCUUUACUGCAUAUGAUGUUUAUUAUGGUGCAAUGCUGGAUUUACCUAGUCCAUCUUGGCAAAGCAAAGAGCCUUAAAAGGGCAGCGAAUUGUUUUGAUUGCUAAUGGACUUAUUUAUAAGGUCUAUCUUUAACUGUUAUGGGCUGGUCAAACUGGAUAGAGUUGCUGACCAGUGGAGAUUAUACAUGAAAAUUUGCAUUAGCAUUUAGGCUUUCAUCCUGUGCCGCAGGUGUUGGCUUAUGAGCUUGUAAAUGCUCCUUUCUCCUGCCUCUUUUUGACGGAAUAUUGGUCGUCAUUGUGAGUAAACAACUAGUAUCUUGUCAAAUGGCUUUUCAUGCUUGGUCUUACAAGCAUGGAUUUACCAAGUCCAUCUUGGCAGAGCAAAGAGCCUAAUAAGGGCGUUGAAUUGCUUUGAUUGCUUAUGGACUUACAUUAAACCUGUCUCUUAACUGUUCUGGCCUACUCAAAACUCCAUAGAGUUGCUAAUUAGUGGAGAUGAAAUAUUGCAUUAUCAUCUGCCUCCGGGUUCAAGCUACUUGUAUGGUGUUGAUGCUUGUUAGGUUUUUGUUCGCAAGGCAUUAUUUCUUGACAAAAUUAGGUCCAGAACAGUAUUUCUGUUUAAGUAGGCUCAAGGGCCAUAAGAUGGAGGUAUCUCUCUGGAAUUUAAUUGAGUCCAGCUUGAUAAAGGAAAGACCCUUAAAAGAGCAGUGAACAGCUUUGAAUGCUAGUCGUCUCGCAUGAAUAUCUCUUGUUUGCUAUCAUUGGAGUUGGAAAAAGUAGAUUGCAAUGUCCCUUUUUGCUUCUGGUUUACACUUUUUGAUCAGCGUUUUACACAAGAAUUGUGGUUUACUUGGGAUUUUAUCACGACGUCAAUGUUAGCAUUCUAUGUUUACAAAAUCUUGUGCCAUGGGUGGUCCGUGGAACACUCUAAAUUUGCAACUCUUUCAUUGUUUGUUGUCAGUUCAUUGUAGCUUUUACUUCUCACAAAGUAUCCAUUGCUGCUUUGGUUUUAACUCUGUUUAUGUUAAAAGUACUUUUGCAAAAUAAGUUUAAUUUUUGAUGAACUGUAGUUUUUCUCAGAAAUAAAAGCUCGGGAUAGUUCGAAGUGCUUUUGUGAAUUUUAUGUCAUAAUAUCUUAGGGCUUUUGGUGAGUUUUAUAUUCUUGACAAUCCACUUUGUUGACUAGCUAGCUCUGCUUGUGUGAAGUUCAAUUUCUUGUUUAUCUUUUCCUUGGACUAUUAUAAUUGGUGGUUCGAUUCUCUCUCAUCACCUCAUAUUCACCCUCAUAGCUGUGAUAAAUAUUUGUAUCCAUUAGGGAGGACAUUUGAAUUCUAGUUUUAAUCCUCUAUAUUUUGCAGCUGAGCUGUUUGUGAAUGGAGAGAUUGUUCAAAGGUCUCCAGAGAGACAGGAGGGUGGAGCCAGUGCCUCAAAGAGCUCAAGACAGACCAAGAUACAAUGACAGGACCCGCUAUGUCAGGCGCCGGGAAAAUAUGCGGUGACCUCUCUAUUAUGCAGGGUGAGAGAAAGAGGGGUCAAAUCUGCACAAGAACGCUUAUUGCAUAUUGGUCUACGAUAUCAGAGAGGGUUGCCUUUCGUAUUAGAUAGUUGUUAUUUACGGUGUCAUGUUGAUGUUUUGUGCUUGGACGUGUGACUAAACUGUGUCCUAUGAACUUCAGAACCUCAUAUGCGUUGUCAAUAAGGCGACUGUAUGUUCCUUGUUC